AAGUUUCUUCUUCCACUUCUCUCUGGUCAAACCAAAGUCCCAACAAUGGCGACGGAAUCUCCGAAUUCUGUUCGGAAAAUUGUUGUUCAUCUAAGAGCUACUGGUGGUGCUUCAAUACUGAAACAAUCUAAAUUCAAGAUUGCAGGGACUGAAAAAUUUGCUAAAGUGAUUGAUUUUCUUAGACGGCAGCUUCACUCUGACUCAUUGUUUGUUUAUGUAAACAGCGCUUUCUCGCCAACCCCCGAUGAAUCAGUAAUUGAUCUAUACAAUAACUUUGGGUUUGAUGGUAAACUGGUGGUGAACUAUGCUUGUUCCAUGGCAUGGGGCUAAAACCAAGGAUUUUCGUUGUCAUAAAGCUCUGAGUAAUCAAGUUGCAUCAUAUGUUGUCUGUCUCGUCCCAAUUAUGGAUAUGCUAAGAUGAUACAAAGCUGCUACUUGACUUUGCUAGGAGAAAUCCAAUAGUAGAAGAAACUUGUUGUCAUCCUUAGGAAUGGUUCUUCAUUCUUUUUUUUUUACCAGAAUACAUGACAAAGUGGUUU